AUGCACCCGUCAGAGCCCCCCGCGGUCACCUGUUGGCCGCCACACUACCUGUGGCGGGCAGCGCCCCCGCCGUGGCCGCUGCCUUGGCCCCAGCCGCAGCAGCCGCCGCAGAAACCGCCCUACUCCUACAUCGCCCUCAUCACCAUGGCCAUCUGCUCGUCGCCCUGCCGCAGGAUGACGCUCGCGCAGAUCUACCGGUUCAUCGCCUCGCACUUCCCGUACUUCAGGGAGAACCGCCAGGGCUGGCAGAACUCCAUCCGGCACAACCUGAGCCUCAACGAGUGCUUCGUGAAGGUGCCGCGGACGCCCCAGGACGCGGAGCAGGACGCGGACGCCGCGGUGGGCAAGGGCAGCUACUGGACGCUGGACCCCGUGCUGGCCGCCGACAUGUUCGACGGCGGCAACUACCGGCGGCGCCGCACCCGGGGCAAUAUUGAAAUAUUGAGAUCAAUAUCAUGUAUUGAGAUAUUGAGACCAAUAUCAAUAUCGAAUAUUGAUAUUGGUCAUUUCAAUAUGCCGAUAUUGAAAUUUCAAUAUAAAAAAUAUUGA